AUGGGUAGGAGAAAGAUCGAGAUCCAGCCUUUAUCAGACGAUCGAAAUCGAACAGUGACAUUUGUCAAGCGUAAAGCCGGACUCUUUAAAAAGGCUCAUGAAUUGGCAGUUUUAUGUCAAGUGGAUCUAUCUGUGAUAAUAGUGGGGAAUAACAAUAGGAUUUAUGAAUACUCUACCGUGGAUACCAAGGAAGUACUCAAUUGCUAUGAAAAGACAUUAAACACUAGAAAACAUGUGCAUGAAGCAAAAUCACCGGAAAAUUAUCUGAUAUAUCGUAAGAAGCGUCAUUUGCAUGAACCACUAACUGAUAAAAAAGGACGUGUUGUUGGUACCACAGCACAUUUGCAUGAUGACGAUGUUGAUCAAGAUAUGUUUGGUGAGGACGAAUAUGAAGAUGAUGACGAUGAAAGAGAUGAUACAUCUGAAGGGGAGAUACUGACACGUACGAGGAAAAGACCACGCAAUCGCCAAAGUACAGCAACAACGAAUAAAAGUCGUAAUCCCAAGGUGUUCAAUAGCAAGAGCUCACCCCCGCCUCCGCCUCCAUCACAAAUAUCACUAAACAACGUCCCACCUUUCAACAAGUACAAGAAACCCAGUAUCACCGUUUCCAGCCACCUGCAAAGUCUGCCACCUCUGCAACUGCAGCAAAAUACUCCAUCGCCGAACAUGGGACGCAAGGAAAACUCAUCACGACCAGUUUUAAGGGUGCAAAUUCCUACCGACGCAAAAGGGAAUCAGACCAAGUCGGGAACAUUCAAUUUGGAUAUAAAGGAAACAGGAAGUACUGAUACCGCACGAACAAUUACUGCAGUGGAAAACACCAGUUCUUCAAUGAAUCAAUCGUCAAAUAACCACACAGGCGUAAGUGGUAGUACGAGUGGAAGUCAUCAUGGCAUUGGUAAUGCUCAACAUUCAAUGCAUCUUGGUGAUGGGGAUGUGCUUCAUAAUACUGCAAACAGCAAAUACGGAGCUACUAAUCACUUGAUGCGUACGCAAACCCCAUCGGCAAAAUUUAGUGGCUACUCCUCUUUUCGGUCUCCUGAUUCACGAAAGCCAACUUUACCACUUCCAAUCAAUUCCAAAUCGCAGACGUCAUCGCCAGCGAGCGCUACUUAUCCAGGAUUACCUAACCCAUUAACCCAAUCAAGCGGAGGUGGUGUUAAUAGCCGAAGCAGUAGUGGUGGGAGCAACGUAAAUGCACCUCAUAUAGGAGACAACAUUCAAGCGGGGGAACGACAAAACAACAACUUGGGCAACAGUAAUAACAACAAUAAUGAAGUCAUGAGUGCGGACAAUAAUAAUUUGUUUUCGCCUUCGGGGGUGAAUCUCAAUUCAGGAUCGUUUUAUUCCAUGAACCAGGGACCAUCCAGUAGCUCGUAUAUGAACUACUCAAUGCAGGGAUUUAACCAGCAGUAUCAGCAGUAUAAUCAAAACGCGUCUAAUCAACAAAGUCUGCAACUGCCGCACCCACAAACGUAUCAGCAACAACUGCACCCACUACUGCAACUGCUGGCUUUGCCUCAAAGUGCCGUAAUUACUAGCGAGCUGCUGGGACAGCUUCCAUCAGCACAGCCACAAGAUUCAGCAACAAAAAGUCGUCCACAGAUAUCAUUCUUUGGACAGCAUGGUCAACAAAACCUACAAAUGCAACAGCAACAACAACAGCAACAACAACAGCUGCUGCAGCUGCAGAUGCAACAAAGUUUUGGCAAUAGCGGUGGUGGUGGUGUUGGUGGUGGUGGUAGUGCUAGUGGUGGUGUCAAUGGAGAGCAGACCCCAAUAUCAGCAUUACCAUCUCGCUAUGUGAAUGACAUCUUUCCAUUCCCCUCACCUUCCAAUUUCUUGGCUCCUCAAGAUUGGUCCACGGGUAUGACUCCCACAACAUCUCAAGCUCCACAAUUUUUCAUGAGCAUGAUGCCAUUGAAUAGCGGUGGCGGUGGUAAUAGUGGUGGUGGAUAUCAUUCUCAAGUUCAACAACAAUCACAAUCGCUUCAGCAGGAUAAAGGUUUUUACAGUGACGACCGGAGUAGACCCAAUGCGGGAAUCGGUACAGAGCAGGCGCAGCCAGCAAGGACUGCAACAACAGGCGUCGUUUCAUCAAGAGAGGCUACUUUUGGUGCUAUCGCCGAGGAAGAUGAGAACGGCAGUGGUAGUGGCAAUCAUAGUAGUGUUGCACCUACCAAUGUUGAUGAUGGAAGCAAGGUUACAAGUCAUGUCACCACUGAGGCGACAUCUACUGGUGCCCCAUCGGAUGUGUAA